UGAGAGAAUUUAAUAUCAACAAAGUGUCACAUGAGUGGUGAGUGUUUCUGUGUGUAAAUUUGCAUUUGCAAGAUAUUGUUUAUUCUCGACUUCCGCAUGGCCUUGGUUGUACCGUGGCGGAUAUAUUACGUCGUUUCAAUGAAAUGUUGUCAAGUUUAUGUUUUGUUCUAUCACAAAAUCAUGACUAAGUACGGGGUUUAAUUUAAAAAAAAACUUAGUGACACAGCUCACUUCUAUAAAAAGCGCUGUGCUUCUUAUGUGCAUACAAAUUGUUUGGGUGAAAUGAAAAAAAACGAUGAGAAAUAAGAUGUGCGUCCAAAUCUGAAAUGCAUUGGAAUUGAUUGGUGAACGAAAAAAUCACUGAAAAUUUUCCGAACGAUCAAUAAUAUUCUAUUGUUGACACUAUUGACCUUGACAUUCAAAGCAUUGAAUCUUUUCUACUCAUCGCGUGUGCUCGUGUACUUUUGGCAGAUGAAUAGUAUUGGAGGAAGAAAAAAAAACUUCAAUGGAAUGAAUACAUAACCUCAGAAAAUGUUCUGUCAAACCCGAGCGAAACGUUUGAACACAAAACAACGUGAAAUUAUGUAGACGAUCGACGGUCAAACGAAGAUUGUUUUUGUUUUUAUUUUGAGUUUUCAUUCACGAACGACGAAACAAACAAAUUCUAAAUCCGAUGAAUUUGAAACCGAUUUUGAGGAAUUCAUUGGUGAAUUGUGAGAGAAUUCGACGAUUUUUUGCGUGAAUUUAGUUGAGAAAAACAAAAUCCAAACCAAAAAAAGAGAAAAAGCCAAUUAGAAUCAGGGAAAGAGAGAAAUUUAUAAAAAGAGAGGGAAAAAUGUCGAAAGAAGGAGUUUCGGACACGGUUAAAAAAUGCAUUGAAUGCCUAAAGGAUGCCAAAGAUGAUACGCAAAAGUUUGCCGCAUUGUUCAUGGUGACGAAAUUGGUGAAGGGAAAGGAUUGUAACAGUGCAUCAAAAAAGGCGCUGUUCGAGGCAAUCGGCUAUCCAUUCUUGAAGAAAUUAUUGAAAAGUGACAAAGUUCCGGACGACUGUCCACCGGCCGUGUACAAAAGUGUAGCGCUCACCAUUUUAUCGGCAUUUUUACAAGAGGAAGAAAUUGCCACGCACAAAGACACAUUGGCCAAUAUCCCACUAUUUUUGGAGAUUAUUAAAUCGGCCGAUGACGAAGAGAAUGACGAAAGUUUGAUACUUGUGAGUGAAGCAUACAGCUGCUUGCAAUGUAUCGCUAGCAAUGAACAAGGGCAAAAAGCUUUGAUUGAUGUCGGUGCUAUUGCCACAUUCUCGGCCGUUUACUCCAAUCAAAGUUUCCAAACGGACGAGGCUCUCAAUUUAAUUGUUACGUUGGCGAAUAAAUUCGGGCCGGCCGUAUGGCCCGAGGACCCGAAACCAUUCAAUGCAUUGAUUCAACGAAUUGGCUUGGAUUUCGAAACCGAUCACACCGAACGUAAAUUCGAUUUGUGCAAUAUUUUAGCAUCGCUCCUGUUAAACUGUCGCCGUGAAAUUGUGCUGAAAAAUUUGUCGGAAGAAAUUUGGCCAGAGAGUUUGUUCAAAGGAUUGAGCGAUAUUUUGAAAUCGAAAUUGGGCAAAAAUCAACGUGAACCAGCGUUAAAAUUGGCCGGUCAAGCCAUUGAUGUAUUGGGUGUUGAAUGGACAUUGAACGAUGUUGACGAUCCAAAGAAAUUCUUCUUGCUGUUACUUCAAUUGGCUGCCAUUGAGGUGCGCAUGCAAAUGGACGAGAAAAGUUUCAAAGCGGCAACGGCUCAAGCGGAUCUCAUCACUGCUUGCUUCAUCAUCUUGGAAAUAUCCGUCAACUAUAUGGCAACCGAUCAGCUGGAUUUGGAUCAAAAGGAAAAGCAAUCGGUCUACACUGGGUUGAAGGGUGCAUUUAAUGCCGUUUUAUCCGUACUCAGUAAAUUGGAUAAAGACAAGACCAAGGAUUCAUUGGCUGGAAAAGAUCGCGCAUUUGCCUGUGCCAUGGUACGUGUACUGUCCGCCUGGUUGGCACUGGAAACAUCCGCAAUGCGACCGGCCAUCUAUUCAUUGUUGCCAUUCAUAUUGAAAUUGGCAAACAGUACAUUCUACGAAGUGAAGAAAUACCGUGAAGAAAAACAAAGCGGUGAACGUCCAGCCGAUGUGCUUCGCGUAAUGAUGCCCGCUCUUUGCCAUUUGGCCGUCGAAGAAAAAGCACGUAAAAUUCUAUUCCAACAGAAACAAGACGAAGUAUUUUAUGAAUCGUUGCAGUUCUACUUUUCGAUUGCACACUACAAACGCCCACCAAUUCCGCGUGCCGAACGUUUGAAGCGUAUGAACGAACCGGAUCCAAUUCCAACGGCCGAACAAUUGGAAGAUAUGAAAGAUGCGCGCGCAGCCAUCGUUAGCCUAUGUAAUAUUCUCAUGAAUUUAGCGGUGCUUGAGCCGAAAAUCGUUGAAGACAGCGAAACUUUCCAUAAACUGCAAGAGUUUAUAUUCGAAAAUUUACCACUUCUGAAAGAUGUUCCCGACAAUUUGGUGAUGCAUGGCCAUUUGGCCAUUUUGGGUUUGCUGCUGUUGAAACAACAGGCGAAACGGGUGAAAAAGAACGAUUUCACAAUUUGUCGUUAUAUUCAAGCGACGAUCCGUUUCCUUUGGGAUGCAUACAUUGUUGACGAAUCCAACGAUCCAACCGCAUUGGUUCUGUCAAUGGCAUACAAAGAGCAUUGGUCCGAAAUUACCGAACUCUGGUUCUUGGGCAUGCAAACGAUGAGCGGUAUUUUGUCGGUGAUCCCAUGGAUCUCGGACUUUGCCAUUGAAAGUGGAUGGGCCGAAGGAAUUAUCGAAACAUUGAAAAAAGUUAAAAUUGGCACAUUGCCAGCCAAUGUGAAAUCAGCCUACGAAGACUUUUUGUGCCAGCUGGUCGAGGCAAACAAGACGGUCGUACAAGUGCUGAAGAAGGCCGAUGCAUUGCGUGUUUGCCGAAAUCAUCGCUUGAUGGAAUUGGGCAAGAAAUUGUUUGGCGAAUAAAGUUCCAACCACACCGGUUGCCCACAAUUUCAUCUUGUACCUCAUCAUUUUGUUUUUCUUUUCUCAACCAACAAACAUACAAAGAAUCAUUUAAUUUAAGAUAAAUCCAAAUAAAUCUGUCAAAAGAACAUAAAUCAGUCAAUUUUCAAAUGAGAAAAAAACAAAAUUAUUUUAUAGUGAUUUCGUGUUUUUUUUAUUGAAUUCAAGCCUAAUAGUUGUUUUUUUUUAUAAUUUAAAAAGAAAAUACACAAAAAAAUGAAUAAAAUAAAAGAAAAUGCCAAAAAAUAUUGGAGAAAAUCAUCGAAA